CCUCCCUGGUUAUCUCUCGCCUUGACUAUUGUAACUCCCUUCUCAUUGGCCGAUCUCAUCGCAGGCUAUCCCCUCUUCAAAUCAUCCACCUUACAACCGUUCUGUAUCUGCCACCCCUCUCUGCCAAUAUCUCCACUGGCCUCCAUUCAGUGUGCUCCACCCCUCUCUGCCAAUCCCUCCACUGGCCUCCAUUUAGUGUCCUGCACCCCUCUCUGCCAAUCCCUCCACUGGCCUCCAUUCAGUGUCCUCCACCCCUAUCUGCCAAUCCAUCCACUGGCCUCCACUCAGUGUCCUCCACCCCUCUCUGCCAAUCCCUCCACUGACCUCCAUUCAGUGUCCUCCACCCCUCUCUGCCAAUCCAUCCACUGGCCUCCACUCAGUGACCUCCACCCCUCUCUG